UUUUUUUUUUUUUUGGUUUGAUUGUGGUGCUGGGGAUUGAAGCUGAGCACCUGUUCUGCAGCUGAGCUACACUCCUGUCCAGGCCCAGGCUUCUUGAGGUGCAUCCUAGCUGUAACGUGUGUGUACCUCGUUCUUGUUCAAGGCAGAAUAAUAUUUCACUGUGUGGAUUGCAUGGAGAGACAUCUGUCAUCUAUCCAUUCAUCUGUUUCUUAAGGUUUUUUUUUUUUUUUUAAGAUGGGGUCUUGCUUUGCUGCCCAAGCGGGUCCUGCAUUCCUUUACUCAAGCCAUCCUCCUGCCUCAUCCUCCUGCGUCACUGGGAAUGCAGUGCCGUCUAUUUAAAACCAAGCUCAGGUCCCUGCCCUGGGGACUGAGGAGCUGGGACACAUCCUACAAUGGAGUACUACUCAGCCCAGAAGAGGAAGGGGCCAGACUAUGACCCCGCAGCUGAGCAUGCUUGAGAUCUCAAGUUCCGUCCCCAGCACCAAAACAAGUUCAUGAACCACCGUGUUCCCGCCCACAAGCGGUACCAGCCCACGGAGUACGAGCACGCCGCCAACUGUGCCACCCACGCUUUCUGGAUCAUCCCCAGCAUCCUUGGCAGCUCCAACCUCUACUUCCUGUCCGAUGACGACUGGGAGACCAUUUCCGCCUGGAUCUAUGGCCUGGGCCUCUGUGGCCUCUUCGUGGUGUCCACUGUGUUCCACACUGUCUCCUGGAAGAAGAGCCACCUCAGGAUGGUGGAGCACUGCUUGCACAUGGUGGACCGCAUGGUCAUCUACUUCUUCAUCGCAGCCUCCUACGCGCCCUGGCUAAACCUUCGGGAGCUGGGCCCCUGGGCCUCCCACAUGCGCUGGCUGGUUUGGAUCAUGGCCUCUGUUGGCACCGUCUAUGUCUUCUUCUUCCAUGAGCGGCUCCAGCCUCGCCCCAUCCUGUGGCUGACAUCGCCGUCAGCCCUCAUCCCUGAAGACCUGCUCACCAUGUUUUAUGGGACUCACUUUGUCAUGUCUCCGCCCACCAAGAGCAAGCUGAAGCGACAGGGCCAGCUGCUGUCCAGCAUGCUGUCCCGGACGCUGAGCCACAAGUACCGGGACCUGGACUCUACCCCAUGCAGCCUGGGUGCCAGAGAUGACCCUGCGGAGCUGUCCACCCAGCUUUCAGCCCCAGGGGUCCUGAAGGUGUUUGGAGACAGCGUGUGCACGGGUACCCACUAUAAGAGUGUCCUGGCCACUGGCAUGUCCAGCGCCCAGGAGCUGGUGAAGGAAGCCCUAGAGCGCUAUGCCCUGGACCCCGCGUGUGCCGGCCAGUAUGUGCUGUGUGAUGUGGUGGGCCAGGCCGGGGACCCUGGGCAGCGGUGGCAAGCCCAGUGCUUCCGGGUGUUUGGGGACAACGAGAAGCCCCUCUUGAUCCAGGAAUUAUGGAAACCCCGAGAAGGUUUGUCCAGGAGGUUUGAGCUGAGAAAGAGGUCAGACGUUGAGGAGCUGGCUGCCAAAGAUGUGGAUACACUUACAGCAGGGAUAAAUGCCCAGGCCCGGAGGCUGCAGCGGAUCCGCGCCAAGGGAACUCCAGGCCUGGCCCCAGGUGCUGCCUGCAGCUCCCCUCCACCCCUAUUGCGUCGCACGGUCAGCGAGACCAGCCUGAGCCCAGGCACCAUCCUGCCUGAAGCUGCUCAAGACCCUGAAGAGCCGCCACGGGAUACCAUGCGCUGCUCCCUGUUCCAGGCCCCACACCUGCUGCUCCUGCAGGGCUACAGCCAGCAACAUGACAGCCUGGUAUAUGUGCUUAACCGGGAACGACACACAGUGGGCCAGCGCACGCCCUCCAGCAAGCCGAGCAUCAGCCUGGUAGCCCCUGACAUCCUCCCCUUGCACUGCACCAUCCGCCGGCGCCUGGCCCCAGAUGGCAGCCCUGGCACAGCCAGGCUGGUGCUGGAGCCCAUUGCCGGGGCACCUGUGGCUGUCAACUUCUCCACAGUGAGCCGGGGUGCUGUGGUGCUGCGACACGGUGACCUGCUCUCCCUAGGCCUCUACUACCUGCUGCUCUUUAAGGACCCUGCACAGGCCCAACUGCUGCCGGCUGCGGCCCUGGCCCACCUGCGCCCACCACAGAGCUGCAGGACAUGUGGUGCUGCGCUCCGAGCCCGUGAUGCUGCCUCCUGCUCACUGGCUCCUGUACCCCGGCGGCGGCGGCUGCUCCUGGAGUUUGAGCCUGUUGUGGAGGACACGCUGCUACAGAGGAUCAUGACCCUGAUUGAGCCAGGGGGCGACGAUUACAAGCUGACACCCGCCUUCCUCCUGUGCCUCUGUAUCCAGCACUCAGCCACGCACUUUGAGCCUGGCACCUUUGGGCGGCUGCUGCUCAAGGUUGCCAGGAGAAUCCGUGACACAGUCUGGGAGAAAACCAAAGAACUAGCGGAGAAGCAGGCACAACUCCAAGAACCCAUCUCCUGGGCCAGCUUCACCAUGGCUGACCUAGUUCCAGACCUGCAGCAUAUCCUUUUCUGGAUGUCUAAUUCCAUUGAGCUCCUGUACUUCAUCCAGCAGAAAUGCCCACUCUACAUGCAGAGCAUGGAAGAGGAGCUGGAUGUCACAGGCUCCAAGGAGUCGUUGUUCUCCUGCACACUGACAGCCAGUGAAGAGGCCAUGGCAGUGCUAGAGGAGGUGGUACUCUACGCCUUCCAGCAGUGCGUGUACUACCUCUCCAAGUGCCUAUACGUCUGCCUCCCUGCCCUCCUGGAGUGCCCCCCAUUCCAGACAGAGCACCGGGAGAGCUGGCGUGGGGGCCCUGUGUUACCCGAGGAGCUGCACCGAGUUGUGGCCGUGUACCAGGCUGCCCUGGAUCUCCUGCGACAGCUUCGAGUCCACCCUGAGGUGGCCUCCCAGAUGCUCGCCUACCUCUUCUUCUUUUCGGGCACACUGCUGCUCAACCAGCUGCUGGACAGGGGCCCCACCCUGAGUUGCUUCCACUGGCCCAGAGGUGUCCAGGCCUGUGCCCGCCUGCAGCAGCUCCUGGAGUGGGCGAGGAGCGCCGGCCUGGGGGCGGCCGGGGAGCGCUUCUUCCGGAAGCUGUCCUGCACCCUGCACCUGCUGGCCACCCCCAGCGCCCAGCUUGUACAGAUGAGCUGGGCCACUCUGCGGGCCACAUUCCCUGCCCUGAGCCCCGCACAGCUGCACCGGCUGCUGACCCAGUACCAGCUGGCCUCGGCCAUGGGCCCUAUGAGCGCCUGGGAGCCUGGAGCCCAGGACUGUCCCGAUGCCUUCCAGUCAGAACAUGUCCUGGAGUCCUAUGAAAAGCCCCCACCCAUUGUCCUGCCCAGCGAGGGCUUCCAGGUGGACCUGGAGGGCGACUGCCCCCAUGACAGCGUCUAUCAGCACCUGCUCUACAUCCGCCACUUCCUGUGGGGCCUUCAUAGCCCAGCCAGUCCUGGCCUUGGAACCACACAGCCAGCCAGCCUUGAGGGCCUGUACCACACCAUCCCCGAGGGGCACCCAGAGGGCCAGGGCUGCCCCCUGGCUACCAGGGACCCCAGCGGAGGAGCCCUCGAAGCUGCCCCUGCACAUUCCAUUCCUGGUGCUGGGGCUCCUGGGGCACAGGAGCCCCCAGGGGGACGGCAGCCCAGCCGAGGAGGCCACAGGGGCUCCCAGGCAGGGCUCCUGCAUACUGACUCCUCCUGCCUGCUCACGCCUCCAGGCACCCCACUGGGCCUAGAGCCUGGGGGCCCCAGCUGGCCUGAGCCUGGUGGCGCCUGUGGAAAGAUGCUCCCUGAAGGGCAGAGGAAUGGGCUGGACCCCCUGGGUGCAAUUCUAGAAGGAGACACAGUGGCCCCCGUGGACGAGUCUCCUGUGGACCCCUCAAGUGGCAGCUCCAGCACUGAGGACUUCUGCUACAUCUUCUCUGUGGAGCUGGAGCGAGGCCCCUUGGGGCUGGGCAUGGGCCUCAUCGAUGGCAUGCACACGCCCCUGGGCUCCCCUGGGCUCUACAUCCAGACCCUGGUUCCGGGAAGCCCUGCAGCAACCGAUGGGCGGCUGUCUCUGGGAGAUCGAAUCCUGGAGGUGAACAGCAUCAGCCUGAUAGGUGUCAACUACAUGAGAGCCGUGGAUCUGAUCCGACACGGGGGCAAGAAGAUGCGAUUUUUGGUUGCCAAGUCUGAUGUGGAAACAGCCAAGAAAAUCCGCUACCACACGCCCCUUCCCUAGGCGGGGCUGCAGAAUACAUCCCUACCCCAGCACCUUGGUCUGCUAGGUGCCCCGGUUCCUUCAAACUAUGAUCCAGUGAGUUCCUGUUUGGUGGCCUCAGCAGGACCCGCCUGUUCAUAAUGUACAUCUAAGUGUAUAUUUUAUUUAUAUGACAGAUGACACUAAGUAGUAAUGUUUCCUACAGAGUUUUUAUGUCUAAAGACUUUAACAGAGAAGUAUAGAUUCAAUAAACUAUCUUUCCUGUUGUCCUGAGGGCAGUGGUG